AUUCAGACGUCACAUCCAGCAAGUAGAGAAGGCGGGGGAAAUGUGGUUUUGGAGAAAGAGAUGGCGGAAGCUGAUGUGGAUCUUGAAUCAAGGAGUAGCGUACAGUGCUGAGAAUGUUCCUUAUCUUGUAGCACUAUGGGUUAUUAAUGAGGAGAAGCGGAUCGGAUUACCGAUCUUGAAGAACCCAUUUGAGAUAUCCAAAUUGGUGGAGAAAGUGCUGGACAUCUUCCUUUCCUUCUCCUCCCUACGCCUCCUGGCCCCUCCCAUCCGGCUGGUCUCUGCUGCCAUGUGGAAGGUGAUGAAGCAACGCGAUGUGAUGCAUUAUGGGACGCUGGAGGAGUUUGUGACAUCCUGCUGUGAGACUGUCCCUGGCCUGCUCACAUCUAGACACCAGGCCAAGCUGGCUCUGGGGCUGAGAUCACGGCUGAUCUUAGAGCUGUGCAAUGGCUCAGACCCACCAGAUCCAGCGGUUAUCCUUACCCAGCUGGAAAGGAUCCGUGCCCCCAACCCGUCCUCUGCCCUGAAAAAGGAUGUGAAGAUUGAAACAGCAGUGACCAACCUCCGGGACCUGGUUGAAAGCUUUCUGAAAGACCCCACAGAGAGAGAACUAUUCUACAAGGUGGAGUUUCCGUCAGAGUAUGGGCCUCAGUUUGACCAGGAGCUGGAGAAACUGCUGUGGGAGUUCCUGCUCCGACUGGACCAGCUUCUCCCAGUGCCCAACCUGGCUCAGACGGUGUCGUGGCUCACUGCUGCCCCUCCUGUCCUGGAGGAGUGUGCGCAGGCUGCCUCCCAACCCCAGCUCCUGAGGACCCUGCUCCAGCACCAGAUCUGCCUGGGACACCUGGAUUCUGCAGCUUCUCUCUCUCCGUGCAUGGGUGACUACCUCCUCUCAUCACUCUCUCUCCCUCCCUCUGGAAGAGUGCAGCAAAGCGUCAAAUCAAGAUCUAAGCCUGCCUUGGUUUCCACCCCAAGCCCUCUGUCUUUAACCCCAUUAACCGAUUACAGACAAACAAACUUGUCAUUGCCCGUCGCACCUGUGAUUGGCGGGAUUUGCAACGAAGACCUUCCAGUCAUGGCUUCAGCCAAUAAGAGGGCAAGAACUUUCCAGGAAGACGUUGUUAUCCAAUUGGUUUCAAGAGAUGUGGAGGAGGACACUGAGUCAACGGAGAGGUCCAAAUAUACAUGCGUCAAAAGCAGAGAAGAGGAAUCCGAAGAGGACGAGGAGAUCAUGGUCAUGAGAAGAGGGAGGAAGAGGAGGAGUGUGAGAGACAGAGGGAGUGAAAGAGUGCUCAGGAGAGGGCGUGGGGGGGAGUUUGUUAGAGAUGGAGAGGAGGAUAUGACGAGCGGUAGAGAUGGAGAGACUGAGAGAGACCUUCUUAGGGACUGUUUGGUCCAAUUGGGGAUCUCAAACCUCAAGGUCCCGGAAGACCAUCGCCUCUAUUCUUACAUCACAGCCUGUCUGCUCAACAAACCCAGGGUGCUCAUCCCCCGACUGACUUCAACAGACAUCCCUGCUCUUUUGAAGUCACAACCUCCUUCCUGUAGCAACGGGACACCAACAGCAGGGGAAGGGAGCUCUCUAUGGGGACAGAGGCCCAAGUUGCCGGCGAUAACGGCAUGUCGGCUUCCUUCGACCUGGCAACGGAAGUUGAGUGACAGGUCAUUGACCCUAGAUAUGGGGCUUCCAGCAUCAGCUGACAAAGAGUAAGAGAAAUACAGAUGCUGCUUCGGGAGAAAUCAAAAGGCGAAUAUCACAGCCAAUCACAACACUGGCGGGUAAGUAGUACUGAGAAACACUGUCAUUCCACUAUUACUGCAGAUAUAUUAUGGACUCCAAAAUAUACAUUUAUUGUGAAGUACCAUGAACAUUGCCAAAACGCAACACUAUGAUCUCUUCUCAAUUUAGUUAUUUUAACUACCAGUUAAUCCAAUAUCAAAAACUGCAAGACACAUGUUUCAAAAUUGACCUUUGAAUGUAAUAUGCUACAAAUGUGAUUGAAGACAUCUUUCACGACCGUUGAUGAAAAAAAACUGAUGUAUUGUUCAGAUCUCAUUACAACAUAGGUGUACAACAGUGCUAGUGUCAACAAAAUGCAUGUUGUGCUUUACUGGCUUAAAGUAAAGUAGAGGAGCGAUUUUCUGCACCAUUUCUCGUUUUGUUAGAAAUAUUAAUGUGUUGAACUCCAAACUGUCUAUUCAAUCAACUAACAUACAGCUCUGACAAACAUUCAUAUUCCACAAGACAUUCAACCAGAGCUCUCUUCACUGUCCCUAAAGUCAAAACGAACUCAAAGCAAUGCCCAGUAGUACUGUAUAUAGAGCCAUGAUAGCAUGGAACUCCCUGCCAUCUCUAAUCACUCAAGCAAGCUGCAAAAUUAGCUUUAAAAAAAUGAAUAAAACUGCACACUGCCUCUGACCUAAAUAGCUGGUAGCAUCUCCCUUCCGAGCACCUCUGGUGCUGGGGUAAAGAUAAGAUGUGUCCUUGGCAUUAGGAUAUCGGGACCUGCUUAGAGAAAGCAAUGGUAAAGCAAAGCCUCAGUAGAGUAAGGACUGCAGUUUCCUCUAUUGCCGCAGGGUCGGUAUAGGGACCUGUUCUGUUUACUCUUUUAUAUAAAUAAUAUGGGUCUAUGUGUUAAAUCCUGUCAUAUUCAUCUGAAUGCAGACGAUACGGUUAUGUAUCUGCCAUUAUGCCAUUGCACUGACUUGUAUCAAGCUAUGAUAGAGCUGCAUUCUGAUUUGGUUGCAUUACAGAAAACCCUUGUUGAUUUAAAACUUGGACUUAAUGCGGGCCAAACGAAAUCUGUUCUCUAAUUCACUGAUACAUGUCUGAUGGUCUACAUAUUCACACUUUGGAUGGCUCGUAUCAUCAAGUGGGUUCCCGCCUAUAAAUAUCUGAGCGUCUGGAUUGAUAAAUAUCUGAGCGUCUGGAUUGAUAAAUAUCUUAACGUUUAAAAAUAAAUUUCAAAAAACAUACAGAUGCGCUACGCAAAGAGCUAAGAUUUAAAGGGGCUUCUUUUUAGAAAUAGAUUGUGCCUCUCCAUGAAUGGCAGGAAGCAUAUUGUACAGUCUCUGCCAGUUCUUGACUACGGUGACACCAUUUACCAGAAUGCAGCAGCCACUACUCUUAAACCAUCGAAUGCCGUCUACCAUAGCGCCCUUCGCUUUAUUACAGGUGAGGGUUUUUUUAAUACUCAUCACUGCAUCCUGUAUCAGAAGGUCGGCAGGACCUUGGUUGGUUAAUUCUUUGAGGUCCCAUUUGUCUCCACAAACUUAUUUUUUGUGUGUAUUUUACCAAAUUUUUCUCCAAAUUUCAAUUCUGUUCACGAUCCGGUUGUGUGAGAGCCUGGGAUCGAUAGGGCAGUUUAAAACUUAAGUGUGCAAUUGCUUUAAUGAACUAUUAUAACUUGUUAAAAUAGCCUGAUGUGUUGUUUUGAUUACAUUUUUGUCCCCAGGGCACGGUGGCUGAGGUGAAAGCCUCAGCGGGAGCCAAGGACCUUAGGUGAAACUCCCAUCUGGUUCAGUUUAUAUGAGCAGGAGCCUGGCGGCUCCAUCUGAUUCACAGGGAUCUCGUUCAUUUCAUGAGCAGGUCCAAGGCCUUGCACAAUACCUCAGAUAACACUUCAUGGGCAGUAGACUGUAACACUGUACCUCAGAUAACACUGUACCUCAACCCUUCAUGGGCAGUAGGCUGGUACACUGUACCUCAGAUAACCCUUCAUGGGUGGUAGACUGUAACAAGCCUCAAGGAAUGAAGCUCAUUCUGAGCAGGGGUGACGGAAGCGAAGUGAAGCCUGUAUGUCUGUUUAGUUCAUUUUAUUUUCUGGGGUGAAGGACAAUAGGUGGAGCCCUGUAUGAACGGACGUAAGUGUAACUGUCUUGGAAUGUUUCCUUUUACCUAAUGGUAACUAACAAAAGGCCUACAAGUUUAAGAGAUUACAUGUUACCGUAAGAAACCCAUUGCGGGUGGUAACUGUAAAAAGUCUAUACUUUACCCCAGGAUACCCAUUACAAGAGGUGCUAUAGAAACAAGGUAGCUUUAUUCACGUCAGGGAAAUUUAGCAAAAGUAUCAGCCUAUUUGCAACGCACCUUAUUAUUGUAUUUUUGUUUUUGUGGUUUGCACAUGAUUAUGAAAGUGUAUGUAAUUCUGUCCUUGUGAUGCACUUGUCUAUUAAUGUUCUGUGUCUUUUGUGUGGACCCCAGGAAGAGUAGCUGCUGCUUUAGUAGUAGCUAAUGAGGAUCCGAAUAAAAUACCCGAAAAGUACUACUGUAA